GUACUUUAGCAUAAACAUCGGGCGCAAAAUUAAACUCAAAUGCACCCAAGAGUAACACACAUGAAUACUCAGUGGAAGAAACUCUGUUUCGAGAAUUUAGUACGGCUUAGUUUGUUUAAGCAGCAACCAAAUUAACCAAGAAAAGGGUAAAGCAACAAAGGAAGGGGAAAAUGGAAACUACGGAUAACCACCUUAAGAAAAAGACUAAGAGAAGCUUAAGUCCCGAUAGAAUCAGUGAUUUGCCGAGUGGCAUCAUAGACAAUAUUCUAAUUGGUCUGCCGAUUUAAGAAGCGGUGAAAACUAGUGUCUUGUCUAAGCAAUGGAGGUUCAAGUGGAGAUAUCUCUCGAAAUUGGUAUUUGAUAACACUUUUUAUCAGAUAUCAGGAUAUCCUACUGCUGAAAAACGUAGCAGUACUAAACCCUUUUUUGAUAUGUUUAAGGUUCUAUUACUUCAUCAAGGACCAAUUUUCCACUUUAGUCUUCGUAUUCCAUUCUUGAACAGUUAUCCUGAGAUAAACCAGUUAAUUCUUUACCUGAGUGAGAAAGGUGUUCAAGAACUUUAUUUUAAUCAUGCGCCGUCAUUUCUAUUUUCAUGUGUGACAUUAAGGAGCUUGACAUUGUCAAGAUGUAAUUUUGAAGCUCCAACGGCAUUCCAAGGGUUUGUGAAGCUGGUUUCUCUUUAGUUUGUGAUGGUUCAUUUUAAAACAGACGUGUUUAAAAAUUUCAUACCUAAAUGCCCAUUACUUGAAAGACUUCCUUUCAAAAGCUGUUACAAUCUUGGUAGCAUCCAUAUUGACAUUCCUCAUCUUAAGUUCUUUUACUUCCUGGUUUUUUCAUCGCCUAUUCGUUUUAGCAAAACUAGUCGACAUCUUUCUACAGUUAUAUUUGAUGGAUAUCGUGUCGGACACCCCUAUACACCAACCAAGUUUCUGGAACGUGCUCCUGUGAUCGAGCACUUGCGUCUCGGAUCUGGCCAUGUGGAUUACCUGCUAUAUGGAACUGUGUGGCGGAAUGUUUCUCUUGGCUGCCUGAAAGUUCUUGAACUACCUUUAAUAUCUUUUGAACUUAUCUCUUCUGUUCUUAACUUGAUUGUGAGAUCUCCUAACUUAGAGAAGCUUGAUAUUGGGUUUGCUACAUGUAUGGCUGUAAUACAGCCUCUUGCUCCGGAACUUUUAAAAGUACAAGACCUCUCAAGUAAUGCGCUGAAAAAGCUUCGAGUGGUGAAAAUGAAGCUCUCACGCUCAGAAGAAGUAAAACCUGAUCUUGAAUUUAUUAAGUUUAUAUUGGCUGAAUCAAGAGUACUUGAAAAGAUGUUUAUACAGCCUCCAAGUGGAACAGUUGCUGAAGAUGGACAGAAGAUUUUGAAAGAGAUAACUCGGUUUCAACGAUCAUCAAAGAAAGCAGAAAUUCUAUACUUAGAUCCCUGAUGAUGGUGGCGACUGUUGAUAUUAAUAGUAGUAAAAGCGAUGCUUAGGUUAGGAUGUUAAUUAUGUCUGAAAAUGAAUAGUCUGUUAGUUUUAGAAUUUCAUUCUCUUUUCACCAAAACUAGAUCUAAAGUUUUAGAAUUAUGUGAAUUCUAAAAAACUUGUAUUUUGGAGUUGUAUAUAUUCAUAACACAAGCUCCUUUUUGAAUUGAAUGAGUAGGUUGAAUCAA